UCUCCAAAUCACAGAACCCUGUAUGAUAAAUUUUCUCAAUUCGAUCGGAGAAAGCCCCAGAAUUUCAAUCCGUUCGUAGGAAAUGCUGUUACGAAGUGCAUCGACGCCGGUUCUGAAUUCCUUAGUUCAUGUCUCGAAUCCUAGGGAAUCUCCCAUCAACGGGGAAUUUGUUCACCAGAUUCCUCGUACUAGCUCUGUGGUGCUGUCGGCUUCUUCGUGUUGCUGUUACAGCCCGAUGUCCGUACAAUCCAGUGGCGAUGCGACGAGGAGGAUGAGCAGGGCGAUGUCGGAGACAGAUCUCCGAGAUUUGUCUGCGAAGGCGACGCCGGCGAGUAAGUUUCUGCACGGUGCUCCGGUGGAGGAGAUUAGAGAGGAAGGGAUCGGGUUCGGGUUGGCUCGUACGUCUUCGUUGGACUGCGGAUUUGGGUUGGGUGUGGCUUUGGAGGAAGGCCGUGAGGUUUCGGUGGGCAAUUGUGCUGGUGGAUUUGGCGGGAAUAUCUACUUCGGCGGCCGCGGCGGAUCUGACGGCGGAGAUGGACAUGGGGGUUUCGGUUCAUGGGAACCGAAGGGAAAUGAUGUAAUAGAAGCUCACUACCAGAAGAUGAUUGCGGCAAACCCUGGAAAUGGGCUUCUUCUCAGCAAUUACGCAAAGUUCUUGAAGGAGGUACGAGGAGAUUUAUUGAAAGCAGAGGAAUACUGCGGGAGAGCUAUCUUGGCCAACCCGAACAACGGGGAUGUGUUGUCUAUGUACGGAGAAUUGAUAUGGCAGAGCCAUGGAGACUCAUCUCGUGCCGAGACAUACUUUGAUCAAGCAGUGAAAGCUGCUCCCGAUGAUUGUUAUGUGCUCGCAUCAUAUGCUCGAUUUCUAUGGGAUGCCGAGGAUGAAGAUGAAGAGGAGCAGGAAGAAGGACAUGAGUGCCAAACCCCAAAUCUGAAUGUUUUCAACGGGCAGUCUCCGAUAUCGUCGCCUGCGUAGCUUAUUCCGGCGGCGAUCUCGUUGUAUGAUAGCUUGGAUAAUACCACUAACCAGAUAACCCUGUUGUUUAAUUCCUCUUCUUUUUGUAGCUGUCUUGCUUUUCUUGGUAUUCUUCUGCUUCAGAUUAGGGUUUCCUCAGUGUAGCUACACAAUGAAGAAGGAAAAAUGAUAUAACAUGGAAUAAAGGUUUUGCUUUUUAUGUA